CGUGUUGAGGGAGAGAGGACAUGCUGACGUGGAUACAGUGAUGUGGCAUUUAUGUGACAGAGUUGUUGUGUUCCGUCAACAAUUCGUGACGAAAUAACAGCCCACUAACUAGAAAGUACGAGAAAGUAUACGUACAACAGAGGCGCAAAAGGCCUAACCAUCUUUUAUCAAAAUUGUUUGCCCAACGGUUGUGGAAUCCGAUAAGAAAACCAAAACUUAACGAAUUGAAGUAAAAUUUUUUUAAAAAGAUUAUUACAAGAUGUUUUGAGCAGAAAAAAUGCUAAAGCUGCAGGGCGAUCGUAGAGUAUAACACAGCCAAUCGGUAUCGUCUAAAAUUAGAAAAUAAACAAACGUGUCGCCAUGGAAAGGAGUUCGUGUGUAUAGCCGUGUUACAAUUAGUCAUAAAUCAACAAACGCACACGGACCUGGAUUUGUGAGUCUUCACAGAUUUCCAAACAAUAUGCCUACAUGUCGUGUGGCGCAACAGGAAACUCCAAAUGCUGAAAAACAAAUCGAUAAGCUUCGAGAAUUAAGAUUAUGAAAAUUCCAGUCGUUAUAAAAGACGGUGGUUAUUCCCUUCGACCACAGAGCAGACCAAAUUGUUCACCAAAAUGAAAUUCGUCAUCCUAGCAGCAACUAUUUUGGCUUGCGCCAUCGCAAAUCCAAGCACCCGAUCGGUGUUGCCCCGCCUGCCACUCAAGGUGUUGCUGAGUGGGAAAUUCCAGAUGAUUCCGGAAGACAAGAUUGUAGGCGGAACUGAAGUUGCACCGAAUUCUCUUCCCUUCCAAGUUUCUCUACAGAGACGCGGUCUUUUGGCCAACAGCGCCUAUUCGCACAUCUGCGGUGGAUCCCUCCUGGAUGCAACCACUAUUCUUGAUGCUGCUCAUUGCGUCGACGGUGCCAACGUAGCCAGACUUCGCAUUGUUGUUGGUGAGCAUAGCCUGUCACAAGCAAGCGGCCUCGAACAGAUCUCUGCCGUUUCAAGCUUCACCAUGCAUGAAACUUACAGCUCAUCGACCUACGAGAACGACAUCUCCUUGAUUUUUGUGGCCACACCAUUUGACCUGAGUGUUGCCUCUGCCCAGCCCGUUAACUUGCCAGCUCCUACUUCCGAGUUCGAUCCUCCUGCUGGAACCAUCAUCACCGUUUCCGGAUGGGGAACCACUAGCGAAGGGGGAAGCAUCUCUGACACACUCCUCAGUGUCGACAUCCCAGUCAUCUCUGAUGCCGAUUGCAAUACUGCCUACGGAGGAAAUGCCGUUGUUUCUUCCAUGAUGUGCGCUGGAGGACCCAACGGAGGCAUCGAUUCUUGCCAAGGAGAUUCUGGUGGCCCCCUCUUCACUGGAACUGGUGCCAGCGCCGUCCAACACGGAAUCGUGUCCUGGGGCCAGGGAUGCGCUCAGGCCGCUUAUCCGGGUGUCUACACUCAGGUAUCUUAUUUCCUCGACUGGAUCGCUGCCAACAAAAUUUAAAAAGUACAAUCCCUGAUAUGUUCGUAUGCAAUACAUAAUAAAAUUAUAUUGCCGCAAUAUAGUUCUUGUUGGAAAAAUGAAUAUAAAAUAUGGAUGCAUAGAAUUAUAGAAAA